AUCACUCCCACCAACGAAUGCUUGCAAAGCUCCUCUCUGUGGGAUCUCUCUCCGUCUUCCUCUCUCUGUGUGUGUAUGUGCGUGCGAGUCUCUCUCUCGCCCCCUCCCCUCUUCUCAUUCAACACCCUCUCUCUCACCUUCUCACCUUUUCUUCAAAUUCCGCCGUUCUGUGCUUCUUCGUCCUGCCGUAUCCUCUCUCUCCUUCCUGCCAACGCAUGCUCUUCCUCUCUCUCUGCGGUGCGGGCAUCCACCUUCACUUCUGCUCGCAACUCCGACGAAUCAUAUCUAACCCUCUCGUCUCCCAUUGUCAUUGAUGAAGCUUUUUAUCGAAGUUGAGAUUAGUCCCGAUGAGAUCCCCCUAGCAGCGGAGCUCUUUCGCACCUUACGGGCAUUGACGGAUCAUGUAAAAACACGGGACCUAUGUAGGCUUUUUCAAGCUCUCAUUUCGAAGCUGGAGGAUGGCAAUCAGCUCGAUCGAGUGUCGAACGAAGUUGCAACUCUUCUUACAGAUACAAUGUCAUUUGAAACGACUUUGGAAGAGUUUCAAGCAGCUUUUGUGGCGGUAGUCUUCAGCCAUGAUUUGGUCUUGCGACAACAAAGUGUGGUGCCAUUUAUGUUCCUCUUGCCCAGGGAUGUGUUUCUCGUCAACGAUUUCAGUGUAGCUAAUUGUAUCGUUACAUGUGGUAACUUCGUCCUAUUUUACAGACUACCAGAUCUGGCAAAAUCUCGAAUGCGAGAUUUUCUUAUUCCUAAGGUGUUGAAGCAUUUGACACUCAAAAGGCCAGUGGAGGCCAGUCGCAUGGAAUUUUUCGCUCAUGCGGAAGCUUUUGCAGCUCUUGUCAAUUUGGAAUUUGUUUCAAUAAACGGGGCUUUAACCACAAUUAUCACUUUGCUAAGAAAACCAGAGACGCGGUGUGCUGCAGUUACUAUGCUUGGGAAGACCGUAGAAUUGUGUUUGCAGCAGUUGACGGAAAAUUGCGACCCCAGUACACUUCAAGAUCUAAAUACUGCUUUACAAAAUGUAACGGAAGACGCAUUUCAGUAUGACAUCAACUAUAUAGAAGAAAGUAUGGGAUGGAGUCGUCCUUUACAUGGGAUAGGAGGUUCACACGAUGUAUCAAGCUCUGCCUCUCUGUCAACACAAGGAGAUUUAAACAAGGGAAUGGCGAUGGAUUCCUCAUCUGCAUCUUUUGGUCUACAUGCGGUGGAGUCGUAUUCUGGCCAUCGAAAUACCAUCUUUGCCAUGUCCUAUGAUGAUAAACGCAAUCAGCUGAUUAGUGGUGGGAAGGAUGGUACACUGAUUGUGUGGACAUCGGAUGGACAGGUUGCUGAAAAAGUAGAUAUGGCUCGUCACUAUGCUUGUUCAAUGGAUAUUCACUCUUCUUAUCAGACAUUACUAGUCUGUGGGGUAGCCAAGGAGGAAAAUUCUGGAUCAGGUAGUAAUCGGAUGUUACCGCCACCCUGCAUCCAUCGGUAUGCCGCAGUAGGUCGCUGUUGGAAGGAGCAGGGGGUGCUCUCGAAAGAUUCUUCUAAGUUGGUCUCCUGUAUCAAGGCUUUGGGAGGCGUAGAACAUGCUUUUGUCACAGGCGAGACUUUUCACACAUCAUCACAUGAAGGGGGUGGACCUCGGCUCGAUGAGCGUGUAUGUUAUUAUGACAUCAACACCACUUCUUCAUUUGGUAACUUACAACCGGUUCGACAGUACACGGAACAUGAGGAUUUGAUUACUUGCGUGUCGCUGUUUCCACCAAAUCAUAAUCUGUUUAUGUCGGGUUCGCGAGAUUCCUCUGUCCGUGUCUGGGAUCGACGUGUAGAACGUUGUGUUGGAAUGUUUGGAAGUAUGCAAAAGAAUGGACGUGUGCAGGCUCACGAUUCAAUGAUAACAUGUCUAGACGCAAUUGAUACCAACCUUAUUCUCUCUGCUGGAAUGGACACACGAGUGUUGCGCUGGGAUUUCAGAUUACUGGCUAACUCGGGAGGAUGUGCACCCGUUUCUUCACUUCAGCUUGAUGAUAGUGCAGUUUUGAAGGUUUCUUUGGGAGGUGGUGCAAGUUCCGCUGCCGUUAGUACCUUACGAGGACUCUACUUCGUGGACUUUUCAAGUGCCAGGCCAGUUGCACGGUCUGCGGAGCCAUUCAAAGAUGGUCGACGGAUUGGAAGAUAUCACGACUUGAAGUGGGCUAAUGGCAGAAGUCUCUUGUAUGCUGCAGGUGAUGACAUGCGUAUUGAUGUUUACUCUCUGCGUUGAAGCAAGAUGAGCAUUGAUCUUUUAGACUUAAUGAAAAUCCUAUUUACUGCCUUAAGCUUACAAUUGGAGCUCAGCCUGUCUUUUUCUGUAAUUUAUCUGGAGUUAUCAUUUGUUUGUGAUUCGUGUAUUUGACUAGCAAUAAGAUUUUGCAUGAGACGACUUGCAAACCCA